GCGUUUAACCGCCGUAAGUUUGCCCUUGUUACUGGAAAAUUUAUGCAGAUUUUCACAGAAAGUAACUUUCCCAUGUUUCUGUAAAUUGCUGCAAAAUUUUCACAGAAAUUUCUGUACAUUUCAGCUCUAUUUUCUUGCAGCAAGGCAAGAAGUCUAAAGUCACUUGGUCAGAUAAUACUACUACUUGGUAAAAUAGGUUUUUCCAGGCAAGAAGUCCUUAAGUCAGUCACAUGGUCAGAUUCUACAUCUCGAUAAAAUAGGUUAUCUGUCUGGAUAUGUAGCAAUCAGUGGCCUCCUAUCCUGACCACAACCAUCUCUGCUGCUCUGAACUUCUUAUCUCGAAUCGAAAGAAAAAAAGAUUCAGAUGUCACGCAAUCACGUUGACACUUCUCCUUCCUCGCUCGCUCACGCUGUUGCGUUGCAUGCGCAAUGUCGCAGCAGCACGGCCGCGGCCACAUUGCCCACUGCCUCGGCGGCGCCCUCGCCGGCCGAGACACCGUCGCCGUCUCCGGCAAUCGCCGCCUGACCGGCGCUGGCCUCGCCGACGGGGCGCGUAGGCUGGCCGCCGCCCUCUCCAACCUCGGCGUCCGCCGUGGUCACGUCGUCGCCGUCGUCGCCUUCAACAGCAUCGAGUACAUCGAGCUGUUCUUAGCCGUCACUUACAUCGGAGGGAUCAUCGCUCCUCUCAACUACCGCUGGAGCUUUGAGGAGGCCUCACAGGCACUGGAGCUUGUGCAGCCAACAGUGUUCAUCUUCGAUGGCAGCUACAGCUCAUGGGCGCUUCGGCUGAAGGAGAGCAACAGCUUGACAUCGGUUAAUCUUUACCUCUUCCUGGGGAAUCUCUGCAGCAUCAGCCAAGCUGCAAACUUUGUAUCAGUUGUAUCAGUUGAGCAGAUCAAGAGGAGCUCAGGAGGAACUACUAGAGCAGUAGAGCCUGUGUCUGCUCCAAAUGAUGUUGCUCUGAUAUGCUUCACAUCUGGCACUACGGGACGACCAAAGGGUGUAGCGAUAAGCCAUACAUCUUUGAUCAUUCAAUCCCUUGCAAAAAUUGCCAUUGUUGGCUAUGGUGAGGAUGAUAUCUACCUGCAUACAGCUCCUUUGUGCCAUAUUGGAGGGAUCUCUUCAUGCUUGGCAAUCCUGAUGGCUGGAGGCUGUCAUGUCCUGAUACCUAAAUUUGACGUGAAAUCGGCUUUCGACGCCAUCCUAGAACACAGAGUGACUUCGUUCAUCACUGUUCCUGCAAUCAUGGCUGACCUACUAUCCUAUGCUCGGAAACAGAAGAUAUUGAACCACGGGAUGACCGUGACAAAGAUUCUCAAUGGCGGUGGCGGGUUGUCGAGUGAAUUGAUAACUGGAGCUUCUCACUUAUUUCCUAAUGCCACUAUCUUCUCAGCUUAUGGGAUGACUGAGGCCUGUUCAUCUCUGACAUUCAUGGUUCUCACCAGGCCAAAAAUUCAAGAACCUAAGGACCAGUUAGGCAGCUCUUCUGAAGGUGUGUGUGUUGGCAAACCAGCGCCUCAUAUUGAGAUACAGAUCAACAGAAAUGGAAGUAACAGUAGUUCUUCUUCACCAAUUGGGAAUAUCUUGACAAGAGGCUUACAUACGAUGUCCGGAUACUGGGUGAACAACAGCAUAGACACAUCAGAUUCUGUCAGGAAUGGAUGGCUCGACACCGGCGACAUUGGAUGGGUGGAUAAAACUGGUAAUCUGUGGCUCAUGGGGCGACAAAAGGGAAGAAUCAAAACUGGAGGUGAAAAUGUGUACCCAGAGGAGGUAGAAUCUGUACUGUCUCAGCACCCAGGUCUAGCUAAAGCCGUGGUGAUUGGCAUGCCGGAUAGUCGUCUCGGGGAGAAAAUUGUUGCCUGUGUUAGCAUCAGGGAUGGCUGGAACUGGGUUGAUGCAAGAGCUGUGCACAAGGGGGAAGGCAGAGAAGUCUCUGCACAGAUGCUUCAAGACCAUUGCCGUACAAACAAAUUGAGCAGAUUCAAGGUGCCAAGGAUAUAUUAUCAGUGGAGUAAACCAUUUCCAGUGACAACAACAGGGAAAAUUAGAAGAGAACAGUUAAAGGCUGAGAUAUUAGCAAGCAUGAAACUACACAGCAAUUUAUAGUCUUAGGCUAUUGUUAGUGACCAUGGCAGCACAAAAAAGCACAUUAUGUUCUUCAUCUUCAGCUGGUGGUACAUGCACAUCACAGCAAUAUCCCAAUUUUGGUCUCUCUUUUUCAUUUUUACAGGCAGAAUGCUAUCCUACUUGUUAUUUA